CGUCGAUUAGGAGAGCAAGUGCGUGUCGUUGGAAGAAACAGUCGAUCGAUGUAGACAAAAUGUUUUAUUUUAUGGAUGUUAAUGCGCCCUGAUGCAUUUCUACUCGCGACACAGGGAUAUGCUUUGUUUUACAAUUUUUAAAGCUUUUAAAGAAAAGUUGUUCUCUUUCCCGUCUCUGCCACAACAAACAAUAUUGGAUUAUAGGUCUAUUGAUUUAAGAAAAAUAUCAAUUGAAACCGCUUGUGACCACAUCGCCAUUUUUACCGCGAUUGGACUUUGAAGUUCUGCAAAGGCAAGAUGGGAAUCUGUUGGAACUGGACCGUGGGGUUCCUAGCUUUCUGGACGGUGUUUCUGUUCCUUGGAAUCAGAUUGAACGCGGAGAUCGCACCGAACCCUCCCGAUGCCACUCUCAAACCCCAGCCGAACGGAGACGGCGAUCCCCAGGCAUUUCCAGAAGCUGAGAAAGCCAACCUGCCGGUCUUCGCUAUGGACUAUCCCCGCAUCCAAGUUCCAUUUGAAAUCACGCUCUGGGUCCUGCUUGCGUCAUUUGCAAAAAUCGGCUUCCACGUGUACCACAAGAUCACCAUCUGGAUCCCGGAGUCCUGCCUGCUGAUCAGCAUCGGGCUGAUCGUGGGCGCCAUCAUGCACGCGGUGCACGAGGAGCCGCCCGCCGUGCUCAGCUCCAACGUCUUCUUCCUCUACAUGCUGCCCCCCAUUGUGCUGGACUCGGGCUACUUCAUGCCCACGCGGCCCUUCUUCGAGAACGUGGGCACGGUGCUGUGGUUCGCCGUGGUGGGCACGCUGUGGAACUCCAUCGGCAUCGGCCUGUCGCUCUUCGCCAUCUGCCAGAUCGAGGCCUUCGGCGUGCAGGACAUCAACCUGCAGGAGAACCUGCUGUUCGCCGCCAUCAUCAGCGCCGUGGACCCCGUGGCCGUGCUCAGCGUGUUCGAGGACAUCAACGUCAACGAGCAGCUCUACAUCGUGGUGUUCGGGGAGUGCCUGUUCAACGACGCCGUCACCGUGGUGCUGUACAACAUGUUCACGUUCGUGGCGGACAUGCCGGAGGUGGCCUCGGAGGACGUGUUCCUGGGCGUGGCGCGGUUCUUCGUGGUGAGCUUCGGCGGGCUGCUGUUCGGCUUCGUGUUCGGCUUCGUGGCGGCCUUCACCACGCGCUUCACCGCCAACGUGCGCGAGAUCGAGCCGCUCUUCGUCUUCAUGUUCAGCUACCUGGCCUACCUGGUGGCCGAGCUCUUCUCCAUCUCCAGCAUCAUGGCGAUCGUCACCUGCGCUCUGACCAUGAAGUACUACGUGGAGGAGAACGUGUCCCAGCGCUCCUGCACCACCAUCCGUCACGUCAUCAAGAUGGUGGGCACCGUGUCGGAGACCCUCAUCUUCUUCUUCCUGGGCGUGGUCACAGUCACCAGCGAGCACGAGUGGAACACGGGCUACAUCCUCUUCACCCUGCUCUUCGUCUUCGUCUGGAGAGGACUGGGUGUCCUGGUCCUGACCCAAAUCAUUAACCCCUUCCGCACCAUCCCCUUCAACUUCAAAGACCAGUUUGGCCUGGCGUACGGUGGCCUGCGGGGGGCCAUCUGCUUCGCCCUGGUCUUCCUCCUCCCCGAGAACAUCGGACGCCGAAACCUCUUCGUGACCGCCACCAUCGCGGUCAUCCUGUUCACCGUCUUCAUCCAGGGAAUCAGCAUCCGGCCCCUGAUCGAGUUCAUGAACGUCAGGAGGACCAACCGCAAGCUCACCAGCAUCAAUGUGGAGGUUCACACCCGGGUCAUGGAGCAUGUCAUUGUUGGAAUCGAGGACCUCUGUGGGCAGUGGAGUCACUACUACUGGAAAGACAAGUUCAAGAAGUUCAACGACAAGAUCAUCCGGAGGAUCCUGAUCAAGGACAACAGGGCCGAGUCCAGCAUCGUGGCUCUGUACAAGAAGCUGGAGCUCCAGAACGCCAUGGAGAUCCUGGACACCACCACCGGGGACCUGAGUGCUGCUCCGUCCAUCACCUCCCUCCAAGACGAGAAGAAGCCUUCCGCCAAGCCGAAGAGGAAGUUCAUGGCCAAUGACCUGAAGAACAUGCACGACCUCCUUUCCAAGAACAUGUACAAGAUCCGCCAGAGGACCCUGGAGUACACCAACAAGCGCGCCCUUCCCAACCAAUCCAAGGCCCGUGAAAUCCUGAUCCGAAGACACGCCAGCAUCCGCCGUAGCCUGCGUUCCGGAAGCUUCCAGGCACCGGAUCUUUCCAAGUCCCAUAAGUAUUUCUCCCUCCCCGCUGGUAAGAAUCUGGACUCAAAGUUCCCACCGAAGAGACUCCAUCCUGUUGGCGGCGACGAGGACGAGGUGAUGUCGGAGGCGGGCUACCCCGCGGCCCGGCCGUGGGCGCGGCAGCCGGAGAGGGCCUCGUCCCGCGCCAUGCUGCCCCUGCGGAGGCUGGACACGCUGCGGGAGGCGCCCGUGGACGGCGACGGCGACGCAGAGCAGCCCCCGCAGGUGGACUUUGUGGACGAGCGGUGGUCGCGGGCGCGCCCGGGCUCCAGCUACAGCGACUCCCGCGUGCCGCCCCGCCGCAGGGGCCUUCAGGACCCGGACGAGGGGCCCAGCCCGCAGCGGGACCCCCGGGGCCCCGCGGAGGACGGGUCGCGGAACCCCCUCCUGCGUCGGCCGCACUGGAACCCUCCCCACCAGUGAGGGGGCGCCAUGUCAGACCC